CUUGUACUUUGAUAUAUAUUUUCUUUCUCUUUUCUUUCUCUCAUAUUAAAAAAAGGCUGUGCCCUGAAAAUUUACCUGUUUAAAAAGACGCCUAUUUAUUUCAUGCUAUAAAAAGAGAGAAAGAAAUUUUCCACACCACGCACGAAAAUAAAUAUAUACAAAAAAAAAUCCUAAUGUUGUCAUCAACUGAAAUCAAUAUGCAAAACUUGAUGCAUGAAGCUUCCAAAGGUUACAGUAAUGGUCUUUUCAAGAUUUCCUUUGAAUUAUAUAUCGAAGCAUUGUUAACAGCCAUCAAAGAAUUUCAACAACUGGAAUUUAUAGACCAACGCGUGGAAAAUAAUGAUUUAUCGUCCGUAUUUAUCUUGGCCCAUACGUGUCUCAGACAGGCCAAAAGUAUUUCCUCCAACAAAAUACCCCCCACAGUGCCACCCAAACCCGUGGCUUUAUCAUUACCACCACCCUUACCUACUCGACCCUUAAAAACCUUUUUGGAUCCCCCUUCCAUGAUAAGAACGAGAUCAGACUUUGUAAAGCAAUGUAAUAUAGAUUAUUCUUCUGACGAAGAAGAGUAUGUUGUAAAGAAAAAUGUAAAUAAUAAAAAGGUACCCCAAGGAUCUUUAAGGAUCAUCACAAAACGUAAUAAACUACCUCGUAGAUCUUCCACCUCCAAUAUAUCCUGCUCAGCACCUUCUUCUCCAUCUGUCUCCAACCCAUUAAAUGCCGUCAAAUCAUUUCUAUCGCUACCUGGAUCUAUGGCUGCACAAGCUGCUCCUGACGCCGAUGAUAUCUUCUUGUUAACCAACGGUACCAUUGACCCUCACAUUCUUGUCCCUGCUCAAACAAGUAACAGUGAUAACAGCUUACAAUCAGUUACAGCAAACAGCAGUUAUUUACCCUUCAUACCCCAAGCACCCCUUGUCACCAUAUACCAAUCCCUCCAAAAGAAAUUAGAUGAUCUUAAAAAGACAGAUGAAGAGUAUAAUAGCAUCCAAUCUACACUGAAUCGGGUGCGUAAUAUACACAUGUCUGCCACCACUGUGCCUACCAUCCUUCAAUUUCAGCCUGUUCUCAUUGCCUAUCAACUUACGUUGAUUGAUUCCAUCAUCUUUCGAAAUAUACCAAUGGACGCUAUCCUGUCUCAUUCUCCAAAAACACCGCAUCCUUCGAUUGUGGCAUCCACCGAUUUCUUUAAUUAUCUCACUCGCUUGAUAGAACAUGCCAUUCUAUUGCAGCAAGAUGCAUCGGGUCGUGCACAACAUAUCAAUCAUUGGAUUAAAGUAGCAGGAAAAUGUCACGAGCUCAAAAACUAUCAAACCUUAAAAGCUGUCAUUUCAGCAUUAGGCACACCACCCAUCCAAAGACUGAAAAAAUCCUGGUCAUUUAUUCCCAAAAAGAGUAUGAAUUUAUUGGAAGAUUUAAGUGAACUUAUGUCAGAAGCAUCGAAUUACGGUAAAUACAGAACUCGUUUGGGUUUAUCACAAGACGAAGAAGAGGAAGUCAGCACACAAAGCAUACCUACUACCACCACCGCCACCACCACAAACAGCAAUACCACAUCCGCCUCCGCUAAUAAUGCCCGAAAAAGUAGUACCCGGAAAAACUCUUUUAGUGAGCCCACUGUACCCUUUUUGGGUAUAUUUAUUCACGAUAUGACCUAUCUCGUUGCUGCACUCUCCAAAAAACAAAACAAUAACAGACACAACUCGCAGUGGACAACAACAGCUUCCAGUAAGGUUGCAAGUACGGAUAUACAUGAGAUGCAACAAGAUGUUCGAGUUUCCGAAUUACUCAAAUUAUUCAAAAACCUUCAAAGAAGUCCUCCUUAUUCCCCUCAUCUCACUGCUGUCUGUAUCAAGGAUCUCAAUAAAAACCGAAAACGCAAGCUAUCACAUGCCCUCACACGUUCUUCUGCAAUCAAAAAGACUCCAGCUUACUUUGCAAAUCAACAUGAUGAUGAGACGGGUGGUGAACUUAGUAUCGAAAUGCAGCAAUGUCUUGUGACCCAGUAUCUGUUGACCAGAUCUUGGGUAAGUGAAAAGACGGUGGAUGAAUUAAGUUUGGUAAGAGAGCCAACAAAGACAGCAAGAAGUUAUUCGGUGACUGAAUCACUUGCCAAUGGACCUGCUUCGGCAACUCCACCCAUCACAUCCUCCGUGAGCUUAACAACCACCACCCGAAGUAGUUCAGGUAGUUUAACAAGCAGUAGCUCUAACAGUCGACCAAUUAGUCUAGAGGAUGAACUUGAGCAAGACGAAAUGGAACGAAAAUCCUCCACUAGUACAGGAUUUUGGUUAUUUAACAGAAAAAGUACAGAUGGAGGCUAUUUGAAAUCCAAUGACUCAUUUGGAACCAUGCAACGAUCGCCACGCCACUUUUCGUUUGAAGAACUAAAUAACGCUGCCAUGAUCAAGAGUCAGUCCCUGAAACCAUACAAUGAUUCCACACAUCGUAUGCAGCGAGAAGGAUCCCAAAGUUCAUUAUCCACAAUAUUCCGUAAAGAUUUUUGGAAAGGAUCAGGAGGAGGGACAGUAACAAAUCGAAAUCCGUUAUUAAAUUUUAAUAGUGAUCCAUCACUGUUAACAUCGGCUGCAAUCCAAAGAAAAGGAUCGUCCGCAUCAUUGGUUCAACCUUCUCCUUCUUCUUCCACUGACACUCAUCAUCCUUUUCCAAUCCGAAAAUUAAUGACCACCCAUCCUUUAGAUGAUUCAUCCACUCCGUUAAGUGAAAUAUCCAGUUUUAAUUGGGAUCAAUAAAUCUUAUAAAAAGGGGGCA